AUGCAGUCGCUCGUUGGAUCCACUGCAAAUAGAGACCCGGAUGGCGUGGCAGAAGAGGCGAGACCUGGACACGUUGGUUUCGAUCCGCAGCGCCCCUCGUUCUGUCUACAAGGGGAACGCGAGAAAAUCGACGCUGAACGGGCACGGGCUCUCUUCACACCGCUUCGAGAUGCAAGCAUCGCAACAACCUCGGGAACAGAAGCUGAUCCGAGCUUUGAACGAGUGUCGCUUUCGGGCAAGUCAUUCGAUGUAGAGGCGGCGGGCGUUGCUGCGGAGCAUAUUGCGCUGUUACGACCUGGUUCGGUGCGGUACCUACAACUGGCGGAUGUGAUUGCUGGCCAGUCCGAAAUCGAGGCCCUGCAGGUGCUGGAGUUGCUCGCAGCAGCGUUCGCUGCUCAUCAAGUGGUAGAGCUGGACCUCAGUGACAAUGCACUGGGCGCUAAAGGUGUUCGAGCGUGCGCAGCGCUGUUCCAGCGCUCGGAACGGCUCGAAAGCCUGAUCCUCUGUAACAACGGCCUCGCUGCAGACGCGAUCAAGCUCAUUGUGGACGCGUUGACGGGAUCCGAAAAACGUGUAUACCUCAAAAAACUACAUCUCUUCAACAAUCUAUUGAAAGACGAGGGUGCCCUCGCUUUGGUGCCGCUUAUCGAGCGAGCACCACUGUUGGAGGAUUUCCGUUUCGCCUCGCUGCGGGUCUCUCGAGGCGGGAGCAUUGCCGUGGCUGAAGCUCUGACCCGCGUAGCGCCAACGCUUAGACGCCUCGAUAUGACCGAUAAUGUUAUCGGCAAGGACGGCGCGAAAGCGCUUGCCCAGCUCCUCGAACAACAGACGCACCUCGAGGAAUUGUACCUGCGAGAUUGCCUGCUCACCGAUGCGGGUGCACGCUGUAUUUUAGAGGCACUCAUGCGACAGACGGAGCAACCGCGCCUUCGCGUACUGGACUUGUCAGGAAACGAGCUCAUCGGCGCCGCAACUGGUUCACUGUUAGGCAAAUUCCUUGAACAUUGCGCCCCGACGCUAACACAUCUGCGCCUCGACGAGAACGAACUGGGUGACGGGGGGGCACUUGCGAUCGCCAAUGCAUUGGCCAGGGAUCCGCAGCGUUUUCGACUCGUUGAACUCUCACUAUAUCUGAACGAUAUUGGCGGCCGCGCUGCUUUCAUGCUCGUCCAGCGCUGUGUUCGGAUUGCAAGUAUGUGCGUCUUGAAUCUGAACGGGAAUCGUCUGGGAUGCAUCGCGCUAGAGCACAUAGAGCGACUGGUUGCUGGUACACCUCUUGCAUCCAGUUUUGUGGAUCUGGACGAAAACAAUGAAUCCGAGGACGAAGAUGCCACCUCCGAUAUCUUCCAGCAACUCCGCAUCGUGGAGGGAUCAGACUCGGCCGAAGCCGAAGCCGAAGCCGACGCAAUCACCGCACAGUUGCACGAUCUGCAGGUCACCACAGCACCCAAUGCCAGCGAGGCGUCGUGA